AUGUACUCAGUUCAGCAAAUUCUGCUAAAGAGAGUGAAUGAUAGAAUCUCUCUUCGAGGUUGCAGAAGGUGUUAUGUGGCUCAGAAUCACAAUACCUGUGAAUUCAAAGGGAGGCAAGUGCUGAUACUGCUCCUCACAAACUGUUCCUAUCUCAAUGUCUUUGUUGUAGGUGAACUGUUCCUGCUUUCAAGUGUGAUUUUCCUGCUCCAGGUGGUAUCUGGCUGUCCAGAGAAGUGCCGCUGUCGCUCAUCUUCAAGCUUUGUAGACUGCAGUCAGCAGGGUCUCAUUGAAAUCCCUUCUGAUUUGCCUCCUCAGACUCUAACACUGCACUUACAAGAUAACCAGAUACACCAACUUCCUGCUUUUGCAUUUAGGUCAGUGCCACAGCUCACGACCUUAAACUUGUCCAACAAUUCUCUUUCAAAUCUGGCUCCUGGAACUUUCCUUGGACUUCAGCACUUACGGGUUUUAAACCUCACACAGAACUCGCUGCUUUCCCUGGAAAGCAGACUUUCCCAUUCCCUGCCACAGCUGAGGGCGCUUGAUUUGUCAUCAAACAACAUCAGCCAUCUUCCCACAUCCCUGGGUGAGCCUUGGGAGAACCUAACCAUUUUUGCAGUUCAACAAAACAAGCUUCAGCAGCUCCACAGAGCACUCCUAGAAUCCAUGCCCAACGUGAGGUUUCUAUUUCUCAAGGACAACCUCUGGAAAUGCAAUUGCCACUUGCUUGGUCUUAAACUCUGGCUGGAGAAAUUUAUCUUUAAAGGGGGAAUAAUGGAUGGUGUCAUCUGUGGGUCACCAGACACGUGGAAGGGAAAGGACCUCCUUAAAAUCCCUCAUGAGCUGUACCAGCCCUGCCCACUUCCUUCUCCAGAUCUGGUGUCCGCACAGGCUCAGCAGCCCGGCUCUGCCCACGAGGCAAUCCCAAGGCCUCUGGAGACCCACAGCUUGGGAGAGCGACACUCCUUGGAAUGUGAGCUCAAACCCAAGCCGAGGCCAGCCAACCUGCGUCAUGCCAUUGCCACCAUCAUCAUCACUGGGGUUGUGUGUGGCAUCGUGUGUCUCAUGAUGUUGGCGGCAGUCAUCUAUGGCUGCACCUAUGCGGCUAUUACAGCCCAAAACCAUGGCGGAGCCUUGGCUCAAACCAACGAGCCUGGGAAGAUGGAAGGAAAAGAGCUAAUCGACAGCUCACCAGCCUGA